AUGCCAGGAAUCAAAGACGCGAAGUGUAUCCUCGUCAUCGGAGCAACCGCAGGCCUCGGUCGUGCCCUCGCUCUCGCACUUCAUGACCUGGAGUCGAAGCCUACCGUAAUCGCUGUUGGCCGCCGCCACGAACGUCUCGAUGAACUCGCACAGACAAGAGACAGGAUCAAGACUUUUCGGGCCGAUAUGAACGUUGACGAACAGGGUAUCCGGGCGUUUGUGCAAAGCGUUCUCUCUUCCUAUCCCGACGUUGAUGCUAUCCUCUUCGUGUCUGGGGUCCAGCACCUCCUUGACUUCAAGAAGCCGGAAAAUAUUGAUCUGAAAGCGUUCGACGACGAGCUGAACAUUAACUACUUGGCACUUACGAAAACUUUCAUGCUUUUUUUGCCUCACUUGCUCAAGCUGAGCGAGGAAGGACGGUGUUCAUUCCUAGUCCCAGUCACCUCCUCGCUUGCAAUUGUUCCUGGAGCUCCCGUGCCCGGCUACUCAGCGACCAAGGCCGCUGUCAGGAGUUUCACGCAGUCUCUGCGCGUGCAGCUCGAUGACACCAAGAUUAAAGUAAUGGAGAUUGUCCCACCAUUAGUAGAAUCGGAGCUUCACGACCACCAAGGCACGACGCCUGCGCUGUCGAAGUUCUCGAUGCCUCUUGCCGACCUCGUUCGCGGCGACGACGACAUUGCAGUGGGUAAUGCCGAGCUGGUCCGCCAGAAAUUCGAGGUCGGAAAAUACGAGGCAGCGGCAAAGCUGUACCAUAGUAGCCUUGGUAGUGCGGCAAAGGACUAG